AUGUACACGUCAAAUUUAUCGAAAAUCGUACAUUUAUUUACCUACAAAAUACCUCAUAAAUCAACCUACAGUAUUUUAGUACCAAAAAACUGUAGACUUAUAAAUAAUUCCGCUAAUAAUAACAAUUUUUACUGUAAAAAUAAAUACCGUGAUUAUAAAAAUAAAUUUAGUGUUUGGUUCGUUGAACAAUCAAUCGUAAUUGCGCGAUUGUUCUGUCGUCAAUUCGAGUACAUAGCUGCCCAGCGUAUUAAACGUAGUUUGAAAUUAUAUCAAUUUUAUCCGUACUUUUGGGAAGAUUUAUUGUUUAGAAAAUUAUUUAAAUUAUGGCGAAAGUGUAAAACUAGAAAUAGCAAGGAGUUUUUAAUUAGUGCUGUUGGUGUAAGUAUGUUUAAUUGGGAUGAAGAGCGUAUUGAUGAUCAGGAGCUUUACAGUUACGCUGAUGAAAUAAAAACAAUUCAUAAGCUACGUAAUACCACUGUAGUUUGCGAAAAUUGUCAUCUGAGAUUAAUCAUUGAUAAGAAACAACCUGAUGUCACGUAUUGUAUGUGUAAUAAAUCAAAAUCCAUCAAUUCAAGUGAAAAUAUUGAAAAUGAAUGGGAGCCAUUCAUUGAAAGACAAGAUAUGAUAAUUUGGCGGAAGGAAGAACCAAAUACUGGCGGAAUGUAUGCAUACAAAGUGUUUGGCACCUUUUCCGAUGUCAGUGCUGAAGAAUUUUUGCAAGUACAAGUCGACGUUGACUAUAGAAAAGUCUGGGACCCAACGGCCAAACAAUUGGAAAUUAUUGAUACUGAUCCAAAAUCCUUGUCCGCCAAAGAUCAUCGUACUGAUAUUAUUUACUGGGAAAUGAUAUGGCCGAGACUAUUUUCGAAUCGUGAUUACGUUUACCAGCGUAGAUGGGUUUUGGAUGAAGACAAAAAUAUUGUAGUCAUUGUCAGUCGUGUUACUGAUCAUCCAGAUGCGCCUGAUAGACCUGAUACUUAUAGGGUUACUUCGUAUUGGUCGUACAUGGUAAUAAAACCGUUGACGAGUUUUAGCGAGCCAGGAUUACCCGACUUUUUAUGUCGCAUGCGACAAGCCGCCAAGGAUUACAAAAAUUAUAUUUGCAUUAAAAAACAAGAAGAUUUGUUAUCUGCUAGCAUAUUAACAGAUAAAGACGAAGAAAUCAUUGAAGCUGAAGAUAAUAAUUCUAAUGACAGCAGUAAAGUUUUGAUGAAUCUCGAUGGCGCUAAUUUUGCUAGCGAAUCGAAUAUCGUUAACGUCGAUGCUAAAUUAAAUAAAGCUCAUUCUCACGAAUCAUUGUCAAACGAUUCAACUAUCGAAAGUUCGGCUGCUAAUAAUGAUAAUAUUGUUUAUUCCAGUAAUAAUACUAAUAAUAAUAUCAAUAGUAAUGAUAACGGUAGUAAUAGUGAAGAAAGUGACAAAGAUUUAGAACAAAAUAAUGAACAAGAAACCGGCUAUUUUAGGUAUUUUUUUUUAACGAAAUUAUUUGCAUGACAAUUGUAUACAUUUUCGACGCGUGA